GUUGUCCGUGGAUAAAAAGGACGAUGUUGUGCACGGUGACGGUAUAGCUUCGCCAAGAUAAUAAUUGCAACGAUUUGGAAGACUGCUACGCUACACCGAAUGCUCGAAGUGCAAAGAAAAACAACAACAAAUCACCCAAACUCUGGAAACAUGAAGAGCAGCGUGUGCAGGUGUCUGUUUGGCCCGGUGGAUCACGAGCAGCUGCGCCGAGACUUGGAGUUGAGCUUCCGUGAAAUAUCUCUGGAGGACAGCCACCGCUGGAACUAUAACUUCCACGCCGACACACCGUUGCCGGGCAGGUUUGAGUGGGAGGAAAGCCCCGCUGACUGCUCGGCGGAGUUUUACCGCAAGUCUCCCCGGCCCAAGCCCAUAUCUCCCGCCGGUGAGGACGAAGACAGUCCGGCUGAGUGUAAGGAAGGCAAGACCGACCGGGAGGACUGGCCCUGCGUCUCGAACAAGUGUCCCACUGAAGUGACGCCUGUCCGGAGGGGGAAGACUCCCCCCGUGAUGGUGGUCAAGCGCAGAGACCAUGUAGGAAUCACAGACGUUUGUGUCAAGAGGAGGAGGACUACAGAAGACAGACACAUCGACACUCUCACAACUUCCACUGAAUCAGCUUUGUGCAAACCACAACUCUGGUGAACUGCCCAAAUUGUCAACCAAUUGCUGCUUGAUUUUUUUAUUUUUUUCUCCCCCUUUUUUGUUUCCAUUGUAUUUUCUAGUUCUCCUAAUUUAUUUUAUUUAUUUUCGCUUUUAAUUUAAUGUUCAUUAUUUCUAUUAUGUUGUGACCAAAAAUGUUCAAACAUGUUACAAUUUGUUCAUUUCUUGACAUUGUUUGCUUAAAAUAUUUUAUGCUGUCUUGGUUAAUUUAAGGAAAACACUAUUCUGUUGCCUACUGCGUUGUAGAGCAAGCGAGGUUUUAAAUACCUGCUAAAGUUGUAAGUUUAAUAAACUGUUCCAUAAAUUUUUCA